UAAUUAUUGUAACCUAUUAAAAGAAAUGAUCAUCACGGCUCAUGAGUCCACUCCGACCAAACAUACUUAAUUUAGCAUUCAUAAUCCAACGUUGAUCUUCUGCUAUAUAAGUAGUGUUCACCUUUUUUUAUUUUUUUUUUACACUGAAAUGUUUUGAUAGAAUGUUAUUUAUGUCGUGAAGAAGCAAUCGGUGGCUUAAUAUUAUUAUUAUCUCAAAAAGUUUCUGGAGAGUUAAAAAGAAAAACUCAUCCACGAUGGAGUUUUCUUCACCGGCACAACGUCGUCUCCAGACCCUCCGCUCUCACCUUGAUUCUUCUCAGGCUGAUGAUCAACUCUCUCUCUUCCUCAACGCCACCGCUUCUGCGGCACCCUUCUCUAACGAGGAUAGCUACAGCGUUGUGCUUCCAGAAAAGCUGGACACUGGAAUUUGGAAUGUCCACAGAUCUGCGAAGUCGCCUACCAAGCUCUUUAGCAGAUUCCCGAAUCAUCCUGAAAUAGGGACUCUGCACGACAACUUUGUACAUGCUGUUGAAACAUAUCCUGAUAACAAGUAUCUUGGUACACGAGCUCGCCCUGAUGGAACCAUUGGAGAGUACACAUGGAUGACAUAUGCGGAAACAGCUUCUGCUAGACAAGCCAUAGGUUCAGGACUUAUAUAUAAUGGAAUUAAUCAUGGAGCUUGCGUUGGGCUCUAUUUUAUCAACAGACCAGAGUGGUUGGCUGUUGAUCAUGCUUGUGCAGCCUAUUCAUUCAUCUCUGUUCCUUUAUACGAUACACUUGGUCCAGACGCUGUUAAGUUUGUUGUGAAUCAUGCUACUCUUCAGGCCAUCUUUUGUGUACCACAAACCUUAAAUACCUUGCUAAGCUUCCUAUCCGAAAUCCCAACCAUUCGUCUUGUCGUGGUGGUGGGAGGGGCUGAUGAGAACUUGCCAUCACUUCCUCCAGGUUCUGGAGUCAAAAUUGUAUCAUACCAAAAGCUAUUGAGUCAGGGUCGCAGUAGCGUACAUCCAUUUUCCCCUCCAAAGCCUGAAGACAUUGCAACCAUAUGCUACACAAGUGGAACCACAGGAACACCAAAGGGUGCUAUGUUGAGUCAUGAAAACUUGAUAUCAAAUGUCGCCGGUUCCAGCUUGUCAAUAAAUUUCUUACCUGAUGACAUUUACAUAUCAUAUCUUCCGUUGGCGCACAUAUAUGAACGUUCAAACCAGAUAAUGGGGGUGUAUGGUGGUGUUUCCAUCGGUUUCUAUCAGGGAGAUAUCAUGAAACUGAUGGAUGAUUUGGCUGUGCUAAGGCCAACAGUAUUCUGCAGUGUCCCUCGCUUAUAUAAUCGAGUCUAUGAUGGGAUUACAAGUGCGGUAAAAUCAUCCGGGGUUACAAAAAGAAGGCUUUUCCAACUUGCCUAUAACUCAAAGAAGAAGGCAAUCUUAAAUGGAAGGAGUCCAUCUCCACUUUGGGACAAACUGGUGUUCAACAAAAUAAAGGAAAAGCUCGGUGGACGUGUUCGGUUCAUGGGGUCUGGUGCUUCUCCACUGUCACCCGAUGUCAUGGAUUUCUUGAGAGUAUGCUUUGGAUGUUCGGUCCGUGAAGGGUAUGGCAUGACCGAGACUUCGUGUGUCAUAAGCUCUAUGGAUGAAGGUGACAAUUUAUCUGGCCAUGUCGGAUCUCCUAAUCCAGCGUGUGAGGUAAAACUUGUGGACGUUCCUGAAAUGAAUUACACAUCGGAAGAUCAACCAUACCCACGUGGUGAAAUCUGUGUUAGAGGGCCAAUCAUCUUUAAAGGCUAUUACAAAGAUGAAGAACAAACGAAAGAAAUUAUGGACGUGGAUGGCUGGCUACACACGGGAGAUAUUGGCCUGUGGUUACCUGGUGGUCGUCUCAAGAUCAUCGACAGGAAGAAAAACAUAUUUAAGUUGGCACAAGGGGAAUAUAUAGCACCGGAGAAAAUCGAAAAUGUUUAUACGAAAUGUAGAUUUGUUUCCCAGUGUUUCAUACACGGUGAUAGCUUCAAUUCCUCUCUAGUGGCUAUAGUUGCAGUUGAUCCAGAUGUUAUGAAAGAUUGGGCUGCAUCAGAAGGCAUCAAGUAUGAGAAUCUAGCACAGCUUUGUAAAGAUCCAAAAGUGAGGAAGGCUGUUCUUGCCGAGAUGGACAUCGUUGGAAGAGAAGCUCAGUUGAGAGGAUUUGAGUUUGCAAAGGCUGUGACUUUGGUGCCAGAACCAUUCACCUUAGAGAAUGGACUUCUAACACCAACAUUUAAGGUAAAGAGACCACAAGCAAAAGCUUACUUUGCAGAGGCAAUAUCCAAAAUGUAUGCGGAAAUUGCAUCUUCGGACCCUGUGCCUUCUAAACUGUGAUGCUCGAUAUGCAUUAGACGCAAAAGUACCUGUUGUAGUCCAAGGGAUUGAUACAAGAUAAAACUACAAAAAAAUAUGUGAUUGGGAGGUAGAUUCAUAAGAAAUAAACCAGAUUUUUAUGCUGUAAUUUUCGUUUAUACUAUUAAAUAAAAAGAAGAAGAGAAUGGCUUUAUUUCGUUACGA